AUGAUGUUGGAAGGGGGGUGCCAGUCAAGGUUAGNUGCAAUACCUUAUUGGGACGGAUACAAGUGGCUAAAUGGCACAUCACAAUUCGUUUACUCAUAUUCAAAUUCGAUCUAUUUUGUUAUCAGUCAAGCGACGACGACACUCUAUGUACUAUUUCGCAAUCAAACUAUUCUCAUGGCACAACAUUCUGUUCGAAUAUAUGAUGGUGAUAUGGAUUUGUUAUGGAACAGUGCCAGUUACAGUGAUAUUUCCAGUGACAACACUCAAAUAAUCCCUGUUGUUACCGGCCCACUCAAUUGGCAAAUAUGGUCGGAAUCAUUGAUUAAACCAAGUCCACCACUAAUUAUCUCUCCGAAUCCACUAGAACAAUUAAAUAUAACAAAUGACGAAACUGUUUAUAUGUGGUAUCGUCGUAAUGUAACAUUGAAACAACCAUCGUCAAAUUCAAUCGCACGUGUUCAAACAAAUGUAGCAAAUGCGUUACUUUUCUUUAUGGAUGGAGAAUACUUAGGCGAAUUUGACGAUCAUACGCACUCACAGGGCACUGCUGAAGGUUACGUUGUAUUAGAUCUUUCACGUUUCCAUUCUAAUCAGCAGCAUUUAUUCGAAAUUCUUUCCAUUUCAUUCGGACUUUUUAGUGGCGUAUAUCCGAAUACAUUUCAAUAUAAAGGUAUUCAUGGAAACAUAUGGCUUGACGAUGAAUUGUUAGUCGAUAAUAAAACAGAAACUAAUUUUUGGAGUCAUCAAAAAGGUUUACUAGGUGAAUAUCUUGAUAUCUAUACCGAAAAUGGUUCAUCGAAAGUUAAUUGGGAUAGUCAAUGGACAAAAGGUAUCAAUAAACCAAUAACAUGGUUUCAAGCACGAUUCGAUUUGAAUAAUCUUUCGCGACAAGAUAUGAAUGCCAACCCUAUUCUGCUUGAUGCUCAAGGUCUUAAUCGUGGUCACGUAUACAUCAAUGGAAAUGAUAUUGGACUCUAUUGGUUAAUUCAAGGUAUUUGCGAAAAUAAUCAACCGUGUUGCUGUCAACACGCUCAAACCAAUUGUUUAAAACCUACUCAACGGUUUUAUCACAUUCCACCUGAUUGGCUCAAACGAGAAAAUAAUUUAAUUACAAUUUUCGAAGAUUCAGGUGCACCCUCACCGGGGUCAGUUGGCUUAGUUCAACGUAUUGUUACAAACUCAUAA